AUGGUUUCCUCGUCAUUGGUGCCUCAUACACAUUAUGGUCCAGUGACUGCUUUAAAAUUUAUUCCGAACACUGAAUUUCUCAUUGCCGGGUACGGUCCGUUCAUCAAGAUCUUCAACUACAAGACUGGUGAUUCGAUCCCAUUAUCUAAAACCCACGAAGAUGUCAAAAUCUUUGAGAAGAACAAGAUCCAUGGUAUCGUUAUCCUGAAACCUCAUUCAUCAUCUGAGCCAACCAAUGUCAAUGUAUUGUUUUAUGGAGGCAGAUCGGUAUCAGUAUUGAAUUUCCAAACCGAUAUCCUUCAUGGGUCUAGCAAUAACAGAUUAUCGGUGCACGAAACCGCGUGUAAUGACUGGGUCAUCUCUGGAGACUUCCAUUAUGCCGAUCCUAAGUCAAUAUACUUAUUGACGGCCCAUAAUAUCGUGAUUGAUGCCCUGAUUGUGGGAGAUAAUCUUGGCGGGUUGCAAGUCAACGGUAGUUAUAAUUGUAACGAGAAGAGUAUUCUUUAUUCUGGAAGUUUUACGGUACUCAAUGAUGAAGUGUAUGUGUUUUCCGGGACCGUGAUGUCAGGUAUCUACGUAUGGAAAUUGGGAAGAGCCACUACUAGUGGGGAAGUCCUCCAUCAUUUGACGGGCCACGAAGGGUCGAUCUUUGGGAUCAAAAGCAAUGAUGAUGCCACUUUGGCAGUGAGUUGUUCCGAUGAUAGAUCAAUCAAGAUCUGGGACUUGAAGACUGGGAAUAAUAUUGCCACUGGAUGGGGACACGGGGCAAGAAUUUGGUAUUUAGAGUUCUUCAACCUUUCUACCCAGGUGAUGAGUUGUUCCGAGGACUUGACUAUCAGAAUCUGGGAUUUCGAUAUUGAAAAUGGUGAACUAGAAUGUAAAAAGGUCAUUGAGGGUCAUUCGGGGAAAAACGUGUGGGCCGGUGCGGUGAAUCAACAACAAUUGAUCGGGGCAUCGGGGGGCAAUGAUGGGAAAAUCAGGUUAAUAGAUUUAGACACCACCGGUGAUGAUACCCAUGAGUUAUCGGUAGAGUACCUUACCAGUUUAAAUUAUGGUAAACUGGUAAAUUUUGCAAAAAACGAAACCAUCAAGACCGUUAUCAGUGGUUCGCCUGAAGGGUCCAAUAAUGAUGAUCUAUUAAUCAUCACGUCGUAUUGUAAAAUCUUCCACGUUAGCCAGAAUUAUUCCCAGGUCAAAUUGUUGAAUUUCUCUCAUGAGCUCUUACAACAGAAAACCAUUACUGAAACCAUGCAUUUCGUCAACAAUUUUUUCGCCGUCAGCCAUAUUGAAAAUGAUGAGUGGUCAAUCAUGGUGUUGACUGCCAGCUCCGGGUACCAAUUGUUUGUGACCUUGGAUGGAUCGUUGAAUGUCAAGGAUGUCACGGAGUUUUCAAUCCUAGAUUUAGUCGAUCUGCCAUUUUCCAAAAUUACCGGGGUGUUCCCAAUUUCCAAAACCCCCAACUUCACUUAUUUCUUAUUUGAAUCGCCCAACCCAAAUGACCCAUUCAUUUUUAUCAAAUAUGAUGUCAUCAAGCUUCAAUAUCUUACAGAAUCUCUCACAUUGUUGGAAAAACCAAAAACAAGAUUCACGCUUACUGCUUAUGAUUACGAUGAAACUUACGGUUACUUGAUUCUUGGAUCGCGAUUCGUCACCAUGACCGUCUACGAUUUGCAUUCUAAGACCACCACCAAUGUCUUGAGUCCUUUACAGACUUGGAAAAAAUUUUUACCAGGGGAUACGAUUUCUCAAAUCAAAGUAGUUAAAGCAUUGACUGAAUCAUUGCUCGUGUGGAUCUCACUACGUGAUGGGACUUAUCUUACUUUGGAAAUUUCUAGAAACCUUAAUUCUGGCGACCAAGAAGACGUGAUAAUCCAAGGAUUUGAGAAUUUGAGUCUCACUAACCAGACCUCCAAUUUGAAGAUCGACAUUUGUCAGCAGAAUCGGGUUUCCAAAGGGGGGUUUUUGGAAGGCUGUAUCGAAACAAAAUCCAGUUUCCAAGUCGGGGAUAGAUACAUUGAUGACUCCACUAAUAUCUUGUUGUAUGGGUUCAAAUCUGAUUAUUUUUAUUUGUACAAUGAAACCAAGGGUUACGAAGUAUGGACCGAGUUGUGUGGGGGGUCGCAUCGGAUGUGGAAAUUGGUGUACCCAAAGAAACAAAUAACCGAUGAUCUUAACCAAUUCCGAUUUUAUUACGUUAAGGCCUCGAUGUUGGUGAUCAAAAAUAUGGUAAUUCUCCCAGCUCACAAGUUCGCCAAAGAUUUAUUGGUCGAAGGCACCCACGGGAGAGAAAUAAGGGAUAUUGCUAUUUCUACGACCGCUAAACUGGUCAACAAUGAUAAUUCUGUAAUUUAUAAAUUAUUAGCGACCGGAUCAGAAGACAAUACCAUCAAGAUUUCCAAACUCUUGCUCAACACAAACGACCACGCUUGUCAGAUUAAAAACUACUGGACCCAAAGAUUACAUGUCUCGGGAUUACAAAGCUUGAAAUUCUUGAAUGAUCAAUACCUUAUCUCAUCUGCGGCGCGAGAAGAGUUUUUCAUUUGGAAAAUCAAUGAUGGGACCUUAGGCGAUGAUUCCAAGCUUUAUGUUCAUUGUUACGACACUCUCGUGCCUUCUGUGGCCGGGAACCCUGAUUUAAGAAUCAUGGACUUUGAUUAUCUUCCUAUUUACGACAACAACAAUAACAACAACACUGUUGAACGAUCAUUACAAGGGUUCUUUUUAUGUUUGGUGUACUCAAACUCCUUCAUCAAGGUAUUCUAUUACGAUCUUGUUAAUAAGAAAUUCCAUUUAAUGGUCGAUGAUUACUAUAAGGACAUUUGCAUAUUGACGAUAAAGUUUGUUGUCCACUCCCAGAAAAUCCAUAUGGUGAUUGGGGCCACUGACGGGUUCCUCACGGUGUAUGAUGUUCCUGUGCCUGCCGGAUUACAAAUGCAAAAUGGCAAUGAUGGUGCUGCAUUGGUUGGUGAAUACCAUCAUAGUGAUGGUGCCGCUGCUGCGAAACUUGGAAGACCCGUCAUCACCCAACAAAUCCACCAGAACGGGAUCAAGACAAUGUGCGUUUCCAACCGCUCCGAAUCGAUCGAUAUCGUCACUGGAGGGGAUGAUAACGCACUUGGGUUGUUCACCUUGACAUUUGAUAAUAAUGGUACCAUCACCUCAGGAACCAUCAAGGCAUUUUCCGAAGAUGCUGCCUCCUCAACGAUCACCUCGAUCUCACCGGUUUCCACAUCUCAAUUCUUAGUGACCAGUGUUGAUCAAGUGGUGAGAAUUUGGAACACUGUCGAUGGGCUUCAUUUGGUGGAUGCAAAAUACGUGACUAUUGCCGAUACUGGAUCUUCUGAUACCACGACUUUUGAAGAUGUAGCGGGAAAUAAGAUCGCUGUGGGUGCCAUUGGUGGAGUUGGCUUGUCUGUUUGGAAAAUAAACAAUGACUAA